AUGUCUGCCUUUCGAUUGCCGGCGUCACUCCUCGACCUUACACUCGUGCAGGCGUCGCUGCGCUCACAUGCGCGUGUACCACGAACGACUCGACUCUGUGCUGUGUAUGCUUCACGAAGACACGGCCAUGGGGUUUCUGCUGCACUAGCGCAGGUCCCAUACCCGGACGGGUUGGAUCUGCAUAGCGACCAGUUUCUAUAUGGAGAACAACCAGGCAAGGAUAGGGAGAUUACAUCGACAGAUGUGGGCGGACGUCCAAGAAGUGGGUUGUUGUCCGAGCUGGAGGAGAGAGUGUUGUCGCUGCAAGAAGCUGAGCCACUGGUGGAUACACUUACGUACUCCGAAGAGGAUCUACUCGAGAUCUACGAAGACCUCUUGAAGCAGUCUACUACAGUCGCAUUGCAAGAGUCGUCAACCGUCGAUCCUGCUGUCCAGGAAGAGCACGACAGAAAUGCGGUCUUGGAUGUUUACGGUCGUCUAUUUGAAUCCGACAUUGAGACUUUGGUUCCUGGUGCAAAAUAUCCAUAUCUUGGUGUCGUAGAGCGAUUGCAGGAGAUAUGCUUAUCCCUCGACGCUUUCCGCAUCUCCACUCCAUCCCUGUCUGCCGACGCAGCGCUAUCCAAUAUUCCCACAGGAAUCUUAACAAACGACGAGUGGCUUUCGCUUAUCCGCACAUGCAUCACGGCACAAGACAGUGCCGCAGCGGAGACGGUGCUCAGCUUGAUGAAGCAAUCGGGCGUCACGUCUCUGGAAGACGCCAUCAACAGUGUCCUUUCAAUGUAUGCUCUAAAUGGCAACAUCGCCGCCACGGAACGAGUCCUGUUUUCCUACGCAACUUCGCCUUCCGAACGCCAGCGCGACCUCCACGUCAAGGCUUAUAUCAAAGCACUCCCUUUCCGCGCCUUUCCCACCGACGCGCUAGACGUUCUACACAGCUACGAAACCAAAGGCAUACCUCCUCCGCAGAAAUCCUACACGCGUGUGAUGUACGCGCUGCUGAACGUGCGGGACCGCGCCGCCGAGGCACGUGCGCGCGUGUUCGAUCUCUUCGCGCACAUGCGGUAUGCCGCGCAUCCUGACCCAGAUGCAGUGCUCUACUGUACCAUGAUCCGCGCAUGCUCAUCUGUAGGAAUGCCUGCGGAGCCUGAGCGUGCCAUGGAUCUGUUCACGGAGAUGACAACCGACCGCGGACAGGCCCCGACACAGCAAGCCUACCUUGCGCUCGCGCGGGUCUUUGUGUGUAGUGGUGAGGAGCGCUAUAUUCACAGUGCCUUCCGUCUUGCGAAAGAGAUGCUCGACGCUCACCGGGAUGCGCGCGGGCUGAACGCGUUCCGCCCUGACAACCGACUCUUUGAGACGCUCCUGGAUGGCGCGAAGCGUAUACGGGACCUCGGACGCACUCGGUGGAUUUUGGCGGAGAUGGUGAGAGAGAACAUGGAAGACACGAAGGCGGGCUUGAGGACCCGAAGUGCUGGUCUGGACGAGCCAGCCAUGAGGCAUGUUUUCCAUUCGUAUGCUACGUACAAGCCGCCCUUCCGGCGAUCUUCAACCGUACUUGUCGACUCUGAGGCGACCAGCACGUCGAACACGACUGAACGCAAUGUUGUUCAGAGCACGGAUGACGUGCAUGUAGAGAGUUCCACUGCCACUGAGCCGGCGGAUGCUGCAGAUGCCGAACUAGAAGAGGACUUUUCGUCAGCGCAGCUACCUAGCCCAAGGUCAAGUACUCAGUUCUCCUACAUGCCACCUCAAACGCGCAACGAAUUACUCGCUGAGGUGGGGGCUCUGUUCGCGCGAGUUAUUGAGGAACGCCAGGCGGUGCAAACUGGAACGACCGGAAACGACGCAGACGCGGUGCCAAGGCCAUUUGGUAACGUUGUCAUUACGCCACGACUCAUCAACUCGUAUCUCUCCGUACACUAUGCCCACUCUCCUCUUGAGGUCUGGGGCCACUUGUAUCGCACACUGCAUAAUAGCCUGGGCGUUCCCCGCGAUGCACUGACGUAUAUCGAUGCGCUGGAGCGCUGUACGACAUGCUCCCCCGGCGAGCGGUCCCGGGCAUUCAAGAUCGCAGAGGAAGUGUGGGGCAGCUGGCAGAAUGUCGAGGAGGCGUGGCGGACACGCGGCGAGCGCACACAGGACGACCCGACGGUGGUAGGUGUGGACGCGCGGCUGGUCGAGCGGGCGAACGCAGCCAUGAUCCGGAUGCUUACGCUCACUGGCCGCUUGCAGCGAGCCCUAAACCACGUCAGGACAUUCGCCGAACACUAUCCGCCGCUGCGCGUGCUCUCCACCCAGGCGAAGCCCGUGCUCUACUCGUCACGCCCCAUCCUCAGCAUCCACCGCCCGCUCGUGCGGCUAACGAGUGCGACUGAUAUCCCUGACGACCACGUGCCGCCAAUGCUCACCUUCUCGGAGCUGGAGAUCCUACACCACCGCCUGCUCGCCGCGGGUGACCGCACUGGGCUCGGGUUCGUCAAGUGGGUGUGUAAGGCAUACGAGGGCGCGCUUUGGCGCAGGCGGGCGGCGGCCCUGCGCGAUGCGCCAUCUUAG